CUGUACCUCUCCACCGAAGAGCUUCCACUUCUAGAAAGAGCCUCUCCUGGGCCACAAGACACUUCCUGCUCCAAGCCCAUUUUGUAAUUACCUUCCUUGGAAAUGCAAAAUCAGCCCACCGUCAUUGUGACUCAACCUGGAUUUACUCGUGCGCCCCAAAACUCCAACUGGCAGACGGGCAUGUGUGAUUGCUUCAGUGACUGUGGAGUCUGUCUCUGUGGCACAUUUUGUUUCGUGUGCCUGGGAUGUCAAGUUGCAGCUGACAUGAACGAAUGCUGUCUUUGUGGAACAACUGUCGCAAUGAGGACUCUCUACCGAACCCGAUAUGGCAUCCCUGGAUCUAUUUGUGAUGACUACAUGGCCACUAUCUGCUGCCCUGUUUGUUCCCUUUGCCAAAUCAAGAGAGAUAUCAACAGGAGAAGAGCCAUGAAUGCUUUCUAAAGAAGCUGGUGGUGAAGAGCUUUUACCGAAGCAACUAAAAUCAACAAACACCUCUUCAACUCGAGUUCUUCUCGUGAAAUAUGAUGGAUAUGUUUACUUUAUGAUGAUGGGACUCCCCAAAAAUCAGAUUUUUGAUUUAUUCUAAAUAAAUGUUGUGCAUCAGCAUAGUUUCUCCUGGCUCUCACACUAUCAAAUUU